AUGGAAAACAUCUCUUACCUAAAGACCCUCCGCAAUAGGGGAGACUUUUUGAGAUCCGUAGACUUAAAGGACGCACAUCUUUCCGUCCAUGUACACGAGUCCUCAUAAAAGUACCUUUCCUUCCAAUGGAGAGACGAAAACAUUUGCCUUUCAAGGCCUCCCAUUUCGGCUAAAUACAGCUUCCAGAUUUUUUUAAAGCUGCUAAAACCAGCAGCUUGCCUUUCUGCGAAAGAGAGGUAUCUAGACGACUGUCUUAUCCUGGGUAGCUCUGUAGAGGAGUCAAGAGCCAACACUUGCUAAUACUGCAUCUCCUACACGGGGUAGGCUUCACCAUUAACUGGGAAAAGUCCGUCUUGGAAAAUUUCUACAGAAGACUGUUCCUAGCCCCCAAAAAGAAGGGCCUCAUCGCCCUGUGAUCGGAGCCAUCUCCACAAGUUUGUAGAAAAAUGCCACUUUCAAAUGGAAAACAUCUCUUACCUAAAGACCCUCCGCAAUAGGGGAGACUUUUUGAGAUCCGUAGACUUAAAGGACGCACAUCUUUCCGUCCAUGUACACGAGUCCUCAUAAAAGUACCUUUCCUUCCAAUGGAGAGACGAAAACAUUUGCCUUUCAAGGCCUCCCAUUUCGGCUAAAUACAGCUUCCAGAUUUUUUUAAAGCUGCUAAAACCAGCAGCUUGCCUUUCUGCGAAAGAGAGGUAUCUAGACGACUGUCUUAUCCUGGGUAGCUCUGUAGAGGAGUCAAGAGCCAACACUUGCUAAUACUGCAUCUCCUACACGGGGUAGGCUUCACCAUUAACUGGGAAAAGUCCGUCUUGGAACUUACCCAGUCAUUAACAUUUCUAGAUUUCUCCAUAAACUCACUGAUGAUGUCAUUCAGUCUUCAAGAGGAAAAAUCCUGA